AUGGGGAAGAAAAAGAAAAGUGCUUUACAGGUCAUCAUGGAAGAUGGUUGGUAUCACUCCGGAAUAGAAGUUGAUGGAGAAGUCGAAAGUGACACAGAGAGUGAAGAAGAUGAAGUAAAGGACAAGAAAACUAACAAACAACGCCUCAGGGAAACUGGCAGAGCAAGUAGACUUCAAAGCAAAGGGAAAGAGGAAGAGAAAGACAAAGAAGAAGAUGACAGCAAUGAGGAAGACAAUGGUUGCCAACAAAAUGGAGCUUCCAGGAGAAAAAACUACCAAAGGAAAAACAGAGAUGGAAAAAAGGCAGGAGUGGAAGGAAGCCAACAGAGAGAGAGAGGCAAAAAGGCUCCUACCAAAGAUCAAAAGGAAUCAGAAAACAAAGAAAAGAAAACAACCAAGGAAGGAAAUGAGGGGAAGAACAAACAGAAGGAAGACAGGAAAAACAGUACUACUUCUGCUUCUUCCAACUCAUCUGAUGAGGAGUCAUUGUCAGAGGAAGAGCUUGCGAUGCUAAUGGAGCAGGUGGAGCAAAAGAAAAAACUGAUUUCCACGAUGAGAAACAAGCCCUGGAGGAUGGUGAAGAAGCUAUCAGUGCUCAGGGAGGCACAAGCUUUUGUAGAGAAGUUUGAAGGAGCUCUGGGAAAAGGGAAGGGCAAAAAGUUGUAUGCAUAUAAGAUGAUGAUGGCAAAGAAAUGGGUGAAAUUUAAGAGAGACUUUGAAAAUUUUAAAACCCAGUGCAUACCCUGGGAGAUGAAGAUAAAGGAAGUGGAGAGUCACUUUGGCUCCUCAGUCGCUUCCUACUUCAUAUUCCUACGGUGGAUGUAUGGAGUAAAUCUUGUCCUUUUUGGGUUAAUAUUUGGACUGGUUAUAAUUCCAGAGGUCCUGAUGGGAAUGCCGUACGGGAGCAUGCCAAGGAAAACUGUACCCCGGGCUGAACAAGCAACAGCUAUGGAUUUUUCAGUACUUUGGGAUUUUGAGGGCUACAUCAAAUACUCAGCACUCUUUUAUGGCUACUACAACAACCAGAGGACAAUUGGCUGGUUAAAAUACAGGCUACCAAUGGCGUAUUUCAUGGUUGGGAUCAGUGUAUUCGGCUACAGCCUGAUGGUUGUUAUCAGAUCGAUGGCACGCAAUGCCAAUGAAAGUACAGCAGAUGGGGAUGAUGACAACUUCGUUUUCAGCUGGAAAAUGUUCACCAGCUGGGACUAUCUCAUUGGCAAUGCAGAGACAGCAGACAACAAGUUUGCAUCCAUCACCACCAGUUUCAAGGAGUCUAUUGUAGAUGAACAAGAAAGCAACAAGGAUGAGAAUAUCCACCUGAGAAGGUUCCUGCGGGUUUUGGCCAAUGUCCUCAUCAUAUGCUGCUUGUGUGGGAGUGGCUACCUCAUUUAUUUUGUGGUGAAACGCUCCCAGACAUUUUCCAAAAUGCAAAAUGCAGGAUGGUAUGAAAGAAAUGAGGUUGAAAUUGUGAUGUCCUUGCUGGGCAUGUUUUGCCCUCCGCUGUUUGAAACCAUCGCUGCACUAGAAAAUUACCAUCCCCGCAUUGGGCUGAAAUGGCAGCUGGGGAGGAUCUUUGCGCUCUUCCUUGGGAACCUCUACACGUUUUUGCUGGCCUUGAUGGAUGAUGUCAACGAAAAACUGGCGGAAGAGGACGUGGUAAAGAACAUCACGUACUGGACACUGCUUGGCCACCACAACUUGUCUGUGGGGAAUGACAGCACUGCUACACCACCUCCCCUUGACCCUGCAGAUGUGCCCAGGGGACCCUGCUGGGAGACAACUGUUGGCAUCGAGUUCGUGAGGCUCACUGUGUCCGAUAUCCUUGUGACCUUCAUAACCAUUCUGGUGGGAGAUUUCAUCCGAGCUUGCUUUGUGAGAUUUGUGAAUUACUGUUGGUGCUGGGACCUAGAAGCUGGAUUUCCGUCCUAUGCAGAGUUUGACAUUAGCGGCAAUGUUUUGGGUUUGGUUUUCAACCAGGGAAUGAUUUGGAUGGGAUCCUUUUACGCGCCAGGGCUCGUGGGUAUAAACGUGCUGCGCUUAUUAACCUCCAUGUAUUUUCAGUGCUGGGCUGUUAUGAGUAGCAAUGUCCCUCACGAAAGAGUCUUCAAAGCAUCCAAGUCUAAUAAUUUUUACAUGGGACUAUUGCUGUUGAUCCUAUUCCUCAGCCUCCUGCCUGUGGCUUACACCAUCAUGUCCCUGCCUCCCUCCUUUGACUGUGGACCAUUCAGUGGGAAAAAAAGAAUGUAUGACGUCAUUCAAGAGACCAUAGAGCUUGAUUUCCCACUUUUUGUUGCCAAGAUCUUCAGCUAUGUGGCAAAUCCAGGACUGAUCAUACCUGCAAUUCUGCUCAUGGUCCUUGCCAUCUAUUACCUAAAUUCUGUGUCUGAAGCGUAUCAGCGAGCCAAUGCAGAGCUGAAGAAGAAAAUGCAAAUGCAACGCGAAGAGGAGAAAAACAAAAGAAACAACAAAGCCACCACCAACCCCAUGCUGCAAGAUCUGGAGGAUUUACUUACACCAAGUACGAAGACUGAAAGUCACCCCAACCAAGAAGAAGGACACACGUAUUCAUGACAGGCUUCAUCUGCCCAGAGAAGGUUCAAGAUACACAGGUUUGGAGAGUGCUGCAUUCACGA